GUCCAAAUCCACGUGUCACCUUCCAUCAAAGUAGGUCCCAUUUCCAGAUCUUCGCUUCGUCCUUGCACGUAACAAUUUUCUCUUCUUCUUUCCUUUACACUCCAAAAAUUUCAAUCACCUCUUCAACUAACUUCAUCCCAAUUUCAUCAUAAAAAUCUAAAAUUAAGAGAGCAGAAAUUAAAAGAGAGGCUGAAUUCAAGUAUUCAAAUAAGAGAAAAGGAAUCAAUUAAUUGAUAUUAGUAAUUAUGGAGCAUAAAUUUGAUAUCUCGGAUGUAACAAAUCGAAGGUUGAGCACUUUAGCAAGGCAUUUAGAGGUGUCAACAAUGGAAUCCUCUGUAAAUGAAGGAUUGUAUGCAUCAAUAACUUCUGGGUUUGAUGGGAAUUCGAAUUCUGUGUUUGCCCAUGUUGUUAAAGCUCCUGAAGAUCCUAUUCUUGGGGUAACUGUUGCAUACAACAAUGACCCAAGUCCUGUAAAGUUGAAUCUAGGUGUCGGUGCUUAUCGAACUGAGGAAGGUAAACCUUUGGUUUUGAAUGUGGUGAGACGAGCUGAGCAGCAACUUGUUAACGAUAGGUCUCGAGUUAAAGAAUACCUUCCGAUUACCGGGCUUGCAGAAUUCAAUAAAUUGAGUGCUAAAUUGAUGUUUGGUGCAGACAGCCCUGCUAUUAAAGAGAAUAGAGUCACUACCGUCCAGUGCUUAUCUGGUACAGGCUCAUUGAGGGUAGGAGGUGAAUUUUUGGCGAGACACUAUCAUGAGAGGACAAUAUACAUUCCCCAGCCAACAUGGGGAAACCACCCGAAGAUAUUCUCACUGGCUGGCUUAUCUGUCAAGACUUACCGAUAUUAUGAUCCGGCUACACGUGGACUAAAUUUUCAAGGCCUCUUAGAAGAUCUUGGUUCAGCUCCAUCAGGGGCAGUUGUGCUGCUUCAUGCGUGUGCUCACAACCCAACUGGCGUUGACCCCACAAUCCAACAAUGGGAAAAGAUCAGGCAAUUGAUGAGAUCUAAAAGGUUGCUACCCUUUUUUGACAGUGCUUAUCAGGGAUUUGCAAGUGGAAAUUUGGACACAGAUGCAAAGCCUGUUAGAAUGUUUGUGGCUGAUGGUGGUGAAUGCCUUUUGGCUCAGAGUUAUGCUAAGAAUAUGGGCCUCUAUGGGGAGCGUGUUGGUGCUUUGAGCAUUGUCUGUAAGACAGCUGAUGUUGCAAAUAGGGUGGAAAGUCAACUUAAGUUGGUAACUAGACCCAUGUUUUCAAAUCCUCCCAUUCAUGGUGCAUCCAUUGUGGCUACUAUUCUCCGGGACAGGAAUAUGUAUGACGAAUGGACGGUUGAGUUGAAGGCAAUGGCUGAACGAAUAAUUAGCAUGAGGCAGAAACUCUUUGAUGCUUUGCAAACUCGAGGUACACCAGGUGACUGGAGUCAUAUAAUCAAGCAAAUUGGGAUGUUCACUUUCACCGGAUUAAACAAGGAGCAAGUUGCUUUCAUGACUAAAGAGUACCACAUUUAUAUGACAUCUGAUGGGAGGAUUAGCAUGGCAGGUCUAAGCUCCAAGACUAUACCUCAUCUUGCAGAUGCUAUGCACGCGGCUGUAACACGCACUUUGUGAGGUCAUAACGUCUCUGUUCAUCAGGUGUUGGCUUGGUGCUUCCAAUCCAGUGCUGAUAUUAAAAUUUAUCAGUGCAGGAAGGCUAGAAGUUGAGAAUAUACAUACAUUACACAACUAACUACAAUACUUCUAUCUUUUGUGUCAUUUUCCUAAUCACCUUCUUCCUCUUCCCUCCUGCUGACUUGAAUCUGUAUGCUUUUCUGUUAUUAGCUUUUAUCUUCAUAAUAAAUGUAA